ACUUAAUCUAAUCAUCCUUUGAUCGUGACGAGGUGCGGGUGAGAAAAUCUCUCUACACCGUAAUCGCUAUUUGGCAUCGCUGCAACAAUCUGCGAUACUCUUUCCUCUCUCCGCUUCGAAUUUCUUCUCACACUCUCUGCUUCGCCGCAAACAGUGACUCACUGAACAACUUUCCGAAGCAUUGAGUAGUAGUGAUUGGGUGGUAACAAAGAGAGAGAGAGAGAGAGAGAGAAAAGGAUGAACCAGAACCCGCAAUCGAGUGAAGGAAGGAACGAUGACGAUUCUGCCCUUUCUGAUUUCCUCGCUUCCUUAAUGGAUUAUACUCCCACUAUACCUGAUGAAUUGGUGGAGCAUUACUUGGCCAAGAGCGGUUUCCAAUGUCCCGAUGUUCGAUUGACUAGAUUGGUAGCUGUUGCCACUCAGAAGUUUGUAGCUGAAGUUGCAGGAGAUGCACUUCAGCACUGCAAAGCAAGACAAGCAACAAUUCCAAAAGACAAAAGGGACAAGCAGCAGAAGGAUAAGCGCCUAGUUUUGACAAUGGAAGACCUUUCAAAGGCAUUGCGUGAGUAUGGCGUGAAUUUAAAGCAUCAAGAAUAUUUUGCUGAUAGCCCUUCUACCGGAAUGGAUCCUGCUACCCGAGAAGAAUGAGUUUUUCUUGUUUUUUUUUGGUGUUCUGGCUUCUAAAGUCUCGUGUUUAGAGUGACAUAGUUAAUGGAACAAUUUUCAUGAUAUGAUGCCCAAACUAUAACAAUCUCUCCACAAAUCUGCGGAAGCAAUGCAUAGCAUGUUUGGAUUGAAGUUGGGAAAACUCAAAAGUACUUUUACUCUAGAAGCAACAAAUCUUUCCUUCUGAAUUUAUGCAUUGAAACACGCAAUUUUAUAUUGAAAUUCACAAAAGUACUUUAUAACUUUAAACCAAAGAGGCUCGCAAUUGGUCGCCGCUAACAUUAAUGGAAUCUGAUAUGAAGAAGUGCUCUUAUCAGUAAUGAACUCAUCUUAUGUUUCUCUAUUGUUAUUUCUUAAGAGAAAAAAUGAUUAUAUACUGAAAGUGUAAAA